AACCCGUGCAGGUGACAUGACCUAUCUGUGGAAGAUAACACUCAACACUCACGCACCUCACAUCAACGACACAGGUAUAGAGGAGUUCAUCACGUCACCACCCGACAGAUAGAACGCUCCUUGUUUCAGCUGUUUGAAGCUUGAUACACCACAAACUGUCAUCGGCGGCGUCCCUUGAACUAUGGACAAUCCGGGAUUUGGGAAGUCGAGCGAGUUCCUCAAUGAAGAUGGGGUAGUCAGUGUUGAUGAACACGUCCCUGGACCAGUUCAAGCUGCAGCAUCGACUGAGGUGACAGUCCCUCCCAUCCAGCCGGAUGAGUUGCCUCCCCCUUACACCCCCACCCCACAGGGGGGGCUGCCGAUGGUCAACUGCAAGGUGUGUCAGGCCAUGAUCAACAUUGAGGGGAAGAGUCACCUACAUGUCGUCAAGUGUGGAGUGUGUCAGGAGGCCACGCCCAUCAAGGCAGCGCCACCUGGGAAGAAGUAUGUGCGAUGUCCGUGUAAUUGUCUGCUUGUCUGCCGCAGCGCUGCACAAAGGAUUGCCUGCCCAAGACAAAACUGUCGCCGUGUGAUCAACCUGAGUGGCGGUCUAGCCAGUGUUACAGUCCGAUCUCCUGGCUCUGGACGCAUCUGCUGUGCCUACUGUAACCAGAUCUUCAUAUUCCAGGUGAAUUCCAGACUGUUGGCUCGAUGUCCUCACUGCCGUAAAGUGUCGGAGGUCGGCAGUGGAUAUGUCCGGACACGGGCAUUGAUUUGCCUCAUCAUCGGCAUCCUGUUGCUGGGUGGAGGGAUUGGGGUCACGAUUGGCACCUAUGCAAUAGCUAGUGACUAUGGAGGAAUCUACGUGGUGUGGACAGGCGCAUUUAUUUCUGGCAUCUUGCUGGUGAUCCGAGCCUUGUACUACUUCUCCAUCCGUAGCAGCACCGUGGUGGGAAGUGCUUAAUCACAGGUCAAGGUCACAGUGGAUAGGUCAAGGUCACCUCAGGUCACAAUGGGCAGAGCAGGUCACGUGAGCAGCCAGAACUCCUCCCGAUCAAGAUCAAUCUGAUGAUUUUACAGUCCACUGAUUGUUUUAUUGGUGCAAUGUCACAAGGUCAAGCUGCGACCAUGGCAACUGGUUACAAGAUAGAGUUUUAAAGAUCGUUAUACAUGUUAUACAAGAACACGCAUACACAAAUAUUAGGUUGUAAAGCUUAUUUCAACAUCAAUUUGUGCGACAGAAUAGUUUAAUGUGACCUAUGGGGUGUAUGGUUUUGUAAUGUUGCAGAUUUUGUUGUACAAUAAUUAUAUUAUUCUGUUGUGAUCUUUACAGUUCUAACAGUUGGUGAAGAACUUAAUGAUUGUUUGAUAAAGAUGUGUAUAUAAGACUUUUACAUGUUAUUCACAUUAUCUACAUGUCAGAUUUACUUGUGUGUUUUGAAACAAUGCCGAUUUGCCUCAAUUCACAAGUCUGUUUUGUAGGAAUGGUUUAUUGUUGACCUACUGUUGAGAGUUCUCUAUGUAAAUUUGGACACACACUACCUAAUCUGACCAACUUGGUGUCAAGUUAGUUUGCUGCUUAUCAUAUCUAAAAGACAAUAAAAAAGCUAUUUAUCCAAAUAGAUGCGGGUUUGAAUGAAAAUUUUUAGAUCUGCUUGGAAAUGUGAAAUCACUUUAUACAUUUGAAAAAAAAUCAAGAUAUUCAAACUCAGGAUUAAAGAUACACAAAUGAUUUCAACUAAGUUUGAAGGCACCAUGGUUAUUGAGUUAGAUCACACAGCAGAAUGAGUGACGAACAAACGAGGCUAUCCCACCAGGGACACCUAUCUACUUAAUAUCAUUCAUCAGUUAUGGUUGUCGAUGUGUCUGAAACAUCUAGUUACUUCUGUAGUGUAUUUUGUCCCUCAACAAUUGAUGUAAAUAUGCACCUGACAUUAAGUAUGUUGUACAGGCUAAGUAUUUAUAGACAUGUGCUCAUUGCCUGACGUUUGGCAAACGCUUAAUCUGGUCUGCUCUCAAAUAAGCAGUUCCACAAUAAUACUCACUGAAGGAUGAGCGCUCACUUUUCUCAGUACCCAGGGUAUAUGAAUGUCCUGAUAUCCCUGUCUUCACUGACUUUAAAAGUCAAAUUUCCACCCUUGCUGAACUAGGCUGGAACUGCCAGGCUCAAUCAUAGCGCUACACGUGGCUAUUACGAGUUAUGUCCCUCCUAUUAAACAAUCAGAUUCCAUCUCUGAUAUCACUUGCAUUUGCUUCAAACAAAAUGGCAGUUCCCAGUCAAGACAAAUAUGAUAGAUAAUCAAGAUCCUUGAAAUAAAACAGGUCUUGCCCCUCGAAGUGCAUCAAAUCACUUGAGCAUCUUGAUUAAAAACAUGAAAAGAUUUACAAAAUAUCUGUCGACACUCAGUUGGUGUUAUACAUGGUUUGCAAAUCCUGCUGUCGACCGAAAUCUGCACAUUGAAAUCCAUGUUGUUUACAAACAAUGUUUAGUUCGAUGCGUGAUUUUAUUGGACUAUGCAUAGAUGAAUUUUCUGCCAAAAUGCAACUACGCAAUUCCGGCCUAGUUCGGUAAGGGUGGAAACUGGACUUUUAUGGUCAGUUACCUCCCUUGCCUCGGGAUAUUAGUGACAGUCCACCACAGUACAGACAAGGUGGAGGAGGUGGAGAUGCUCAGUGUUAAAGAGUAUGUCACCUUAUAUCUAGUCAUAAGUAAGACCAAAACCUUCAAAGAAAAUCUGUCUAUGACACUUAUAAUAUUGUUUUUUGCAGAAUGAUGAUCAGGUACCACACACAUGACAUCUGUCUCUCCAGUAUUUUGUGCAAUAAAGGCAAACACCAUCACAUCACAGCAUGCUUUAUUUGUUGUGCAAUAUUGGUGCGAAAUCAGCAGUGCUGGAAGCACUCAUAAACAUCCCCAACUCUUCCUCUUCUUGCAAACUAUGCUAAUAUACAUUACAUAACAUGCUAUACAGAAACUUGCAAGUCCUAUAAUUCAGUUUUUAUUGACAUAAAAUACAGAAAAAAACAUUAAAAAAUUGUCAAAGUAAAACAAGAACUAUUUAAAUAAAAAUAAUUUUUAUCAUUAUUGUUUUAGAUCUUCAAAGGUUCAUCCACAAAACAAUAUAGUGAGCUGGCCUUAUUUCUGAAAUCUGACAAUCACAGGUGGAAUGGGGAAGGAUUUGGGGUUGUUUUGGGCCAUAUUUUCACUAUUCCUGACUUAUCAGAGUGGACUGUUGUACCAUUGAUGUUAUCAGCUAGUGCUGUUUCCUUCUGGUUGAAUAUGUACUACACCUGCAUGUAGGAUUCGUUUAAAUCCUUCAUAUAUGAUUCAAUUCUGAGCUCAUUGUGAUGUUUGAUUAUGAAAGGAAAAUCUAACUCCUAAAACAAAUUGCAUGUAUUAAUAAUUAAGAUAUUGAAAUAAGAUCAACGAUCAGAGUGAUAACUUGUCAUAUAAUCAAACCUACAAAUACAUUUAAUCAAUAUGAAUGAAGAAUGAUUUAGAUAAAUUUGUAAUCUUCAAGAUAUAACAGUAACAUUAAAUUCAAUUGUAACUAUUGUUGAUUAUAAUAUGUUAUUCAUUGUUGAUAAUUUUAUUCUUGCAUCUUGUCAUGUUAUGUUAAUGAUUCUAUGAGAUAUAUAGAUUUUCAUUGUUAAUAUUUCACAACUUGACACAGUUAAGUUUUACAUGUGUCGGACACACAAUCGGACUACAGGUUCUCAUCUUACAGUUUGUACUAAAACUGAUGGAAUAAUAAAUUAAUAGAUAAAUUAUAAUAAAUCAAACAAUUGCAUUCUGGCUUGGAGCCUUACUAAUAGUAUCUGUUAUGUACAAAGCAUGUCUGUCAUGAUAUUACUUAUCUUGUUGCCAAGUGAUACUGUUAUAUUGAAAAUCAUGUAAAUGCAUUCCUCAGUGAAUCUGUGAUCUUGUGCGCAUCGUAUUGUUUGGAACAAAGAAAUCAGUUAGCUUUGUCAAUGUUGUUCUCAAUACAUUGAAGCAAUGACAAUAGUGAUACAAGACAUUUAGACAGACAUUGUUCAUGCUGUUAGUUUAUGCCAAAAUUCAUUGUAUAUAUAUACAUCAUCAUGUUUCAGACUGUUAAGUAUUUUUGAGUGUGUAGUUUGCUCAUUUUUUUCUAUGUAGAGACUUCUGACAGAUUUGAUUUUGUUUAAAAAAAUUAUAGAGUUGUGUUAAGUAUUUUUAUACAAUAACAUGUUUGCAGGAAAGCAGUUGUUUCCCUUCCUUACAAAAUUAUGAACGGGACAUGUUCUUGUGAUUAGCAUAUGACACACAAUCUUCAUAACGUCUUUACAUAUGAAUUUAUGUUUAGAUUGUGUCGUGGCAAAACUUAACUGAAGUUGAGGUCACAUGCUCAGCACAUUAUAAAUUCCACAGGAAUAGAAAGAUCACGUGACAUGAACAUCAGAUUGUUAUUGGACAAGAAUGUUUAGCUGUUAUUGAUACUUAGAAAACAUGUCGUCAUACACAAGAACAUUAGCUCAUACACAACUGCUUUCAGUUGGAAUUUGCACUCCGUUAUUUCUAUAUUCCAGUAUUAUUAUUACUUUAAUCAUAACAUGAUGUAUUUUGUUGUUGAAUUUACAACUUCUGUGAUGCCUUCUAUAUAUUGUCUAGAUGUGGUACUUGUAGCAUAUCAUUGUCAUGACAACAUAUUGAAAUAAACACUCCACUGCAGUGCAGA